UUUAGUGAAUAGUCAUAUUGGAAAGCUCCAUAUCGAGCAUACUAUAUAUCACAGAUGGCUGGACGUGUAGUAGAAGACGGGUGGAGAUACGGUGGGUCAUUCGUUGUAUGGAUGUCUGGAUAUGGCAUCGCUUCUUGGCAACCUCCAACUCUUAGCUCCGCGGUCGCUUGAGCUUUGUUCUCCCCAAACAUAGGCGCAUAUCGGUCGCAGACUUACAUUUUCUUCAAAAUAUUUCCUGCCCCAACCGCAUCUUAAUCCAAAGCUUCAUAUCUUUUCAACAUGAACCCACAGCCACCGUCCGAGCAGCCCCAGCAACCUCCUCCGACCCUGACGAAUCCUCGAUUCACCCUAGAGCUCGAAUUUGUCUCCUCCCUCGCGAACCCAUACUACCUGUCGCAUCUUGCAGUCAACUAUCCCAAUCUCCUGGGCAUCUCUAGAACCAGCGAAGAAAGCGAUCUGAACAAUGAUACUGUCGACCCUGAAGCGCAGGCAUUCGCAGCCUACCUUGCCUACCUCUACUCCUACUGGAAAACCCCGGAGUACGCUCAGUUCCUGACCCAUCCGGGUGCAACUCUGCGUGCGCUACGACUUCUGCAAGAAGAUGCUUUCCGUCGAGACAUUAUCCGACCGCAAGUGAUUGAGUAUUUGGCGGGCGUUGGCCUCGAUGCCAACCAGGAGGGCGCGACCGGGGAGGCUGGAGAACAACGUGAGGGGGAGCAAGCUCAAGACAGCCAGGAGAACCAAGCACAGGUGGGAGACAAGGCAGUGAAGACAUGAUUAAAGGUGACACAUCUUUCAAAACAAGUCUGGUUGACGGUGGUUGUCUUGGGCCUCUUCAGCUCCGGUUUAUCUGUCGUCGGAGUCCAAUAUUGCCCGGCGCCUACCAGAUAAGGAAAUCGUUGCGGGCGGAAUUUUAGGAUCUACGCUUGAGG